GUGCAUGGCGCGCGUCAGCCAACGAGGAGAACGUCCCGGCUGAUCAUCGUCACCGAGUUUCUCCUUCCGCACCUAGAAGACAAAAAUGAGAUUUGAUCAUAAGCGUUAUGUGUGUCCCACACUUUCUUUCCCCUCCGAGGUAACCUUUUUUCUUGCCGCUGAAGGACUUCAGCUUGUCCCGCUCCAACCGUUUGUGGCUUUCUCGAGUUCCGUGAUGAUCUCGUUGAACAUAGACAUUUGAGGUUUUUCCAUUCAGAAAGCGUGACAAGUGGGAGAACCCGAGGUAGUUGAAAAUCCAGCUGUCGCGGCUGAUCUCUCAACGAUCGUGUUUGGAUUUUGGAGCAACGCAGUGAUAGACUGUUGAAGGUGACUGCUUGGACGGUCGAGAUUAACUGAUCCGAUUGCAAGAUUAUUCUGGAAAAUGUUCUUGGCAAGAGUUGUCAGAAAAUCUGCGAUGGUGGCAAGCCCAGUUAAACAACAGUGUAAGCUGUAUUCAUGUCAUGCAUCCUCGAGGACUAUGGUUCAUCCCACUCUGCCGUUAGGAUUCUUGCGAUUCUGUAGCGACAGCCCACCCAAGUGCUGGAAUUGCGACUACAAAUACAAGUCUGUGCUGUUCUGCUCGAGGUGCAAAGCAUUGCAAGAAUUGCCACAGAAUCUGAACUAUUUUGAUAUCAUGGGAAUUAAAAGAGAUUACAACGUGGUGAAUGAGGAAAUUCACAAAAAGUAUAGGGAGCUGCAGAAAAUGCUGCACCCUGAUAAGUUUGGUAACAAAUCUGAGAAAGAAAGACAAAUCUCAGAGAAGUUGUCGUCUCUAAUAAAUAAGGCUUACAGUACGUUGGCGCAUCCAUUAAAAAGAGGAUUGUAUAUGUUACAAUUAAAAGGUAUAUCAAUACCAGAAGGCACAACCAGCUUGAAUCCAGAAUUUCUCAUGGAGAUUAUGGAACGUAAUGAGAAGAUAGAAAACGCGAUAGAAGAUAGAGAUAAGAUCUUGAAGCUGGCUAAAGACUCUAAGGAACUGCUCGAAACUAUGUCAAAGCAAGUGGCAGAGGCGUUCAGUAAAGAGGAUAUUGAAACGGCAACAAAGAUUUUAAUAAAAAUGAAGUAUUACGAUAGUGUAGACAAUAGAUUAAAAAAAUUAAAGCAUGAUUUAGGCAUAGUAGAAUAAGUAUAUUGCAGCUUUAUAAAAAAAAUUGUUUUCUACACGAAUAGUUUUAAUAUUUUUGUUCACUGUAUAAAAUGUAAAAAAUAUGUUUAUUUUGUAUUAUAUAUACUUAUAAUAACGUAUGUACAGAUUUUUCAGAUUCUUGCCUUCUCUUACUUGACAAAUCAUUAGAAUCUAAAUAGAUAUACGUGACAUUAAUUCGACUGAUUUAAUUUAGAUAAUGUAAAUAUAAAGCAAGAGGAAAGUUGGAACGACACAAAAACUCAAUACACAUUCUUUUAAGUUUGCUGAUUAUCUAUUUUCCAUUGCUCUAGCCACUGACAUAUUCUAUUUACAUUAUCUAUUAAUUGAUCUGAGGUAUUGCUCAUUAGCUCGUGUACUAU